GCGGGGAGAUGGCGUUUCGCAGCAAGAGACCGGAGCAUGGCGGGCCUCCCGAGCUGUUUUACGAUAAGAAUGAAGCCCGGAAAUACGUGCGCAACUCACGGAUGAUUGACGUCCAGACCAAGAUGGCUGGGCGAGCUUUGGAGCUUCUCUGUCUGCCUGAGGGUCAGCCCUGUUACCUUUUGGAUAUUGGCUGUGGUUCUGGGCUGAGUGGAGAUUAUCUCUCGGAUGAAGGGCACUAUUGGGUGGGCAUCGACAUCAGCCCCGCCAUGCUGGAUGCGGCCUUGGACCGGGACACUGAGGGAGACCUGCUUCUGGGGGACAUGGGCCAGGGCAUCCCCUUCAAACCAGGCUCCUUUGAUGGUUGUAUCAGCAUUUCUGCUGUACAGUGGCUCUGUAACGCAAACAAGAAGUCUGACAUCCCUGCCAAGCGCCUGUACUGCUUCUUUUCUUCUCUCUACUCUGUGCUGGUCCGUGGAGCCCGUGCCAUCCUGCAGCUGUACCCUGAGAACUCAGAGCAGUUGGAGCUGAUCACGGCCCAGGCCACCAAGGCUGGCUUCACGGGUGGCGUGGUGGUGGACUUCCCCAACAGCGCCAAGGCCAAGAAGUUCUACCUCUGCUUGUUUUCUGGGCCGUCAACCUUUCUGCCUAGGGCCCUGAACGAGAGUAAAGACGACGAGGAGGUCCAGGAGUCCGAGUUCACGAGCGAGAGGAUCCUGUACGGGAUGGCGAAGCGCAGAAUCAUGAGGAAGAGUCGCGAGUGGGUGCUAGCGAAGAAGGCGCGCUACAGGCGGCAGGGCGAGGCGGUCAGACCGGACACCCGGUACACCGGCCGCAAGCGCAGGCCCCGCUUCUGA